AUGCAGCACGUCUUCGGCCUGCUGCUGGCGCUGCGCAUCGUCAACGCGCUGACGAACAGGACCUUUUUCCAGCCGGACGAGUACUACCAAGCACUGGAGCCAGCAUGGCAGAUGGCCUUUGGGCAGGGCAGCGGUGCCUGGAUCACAUGGGAGUGGAGGGAGCAGCUGCGGUCGUCGCUGCACCCAGCCCUCUUCGCCGCCCUCUACCGCGCAAUCUCGGGUAUUUGCAGCCUCUCACCCGACGUGUUGAUUGCAGCGCCGAAAAUCACGCAGGCCGUGUUCGCUGCGGCAAUUGAUCACUCUACCUGGCGGCUUGCGGAGCGGGCGUAUGGGCGCGGAAGCAGCGCGGCAUGGGCGAGCUUAGCCCUGAGCGUCUGCAGCCCGUGGCAGUGGUUCUGCUCGACGCGCACGCUGUCAAACUGCGUCGAGACGAUGCUCACGGCGUGCGCGCUGGUCUGGUGGCCGUGGCCGGGCGUCACACCAUGUGGAAGCCUCGGGCGUCGGUGGUCGCUGGUCGCGGCGGCCCUGGCCGUGGUUCUGCGGCCGACGAACGUCCUCAUCUGGAUGUGCGUGGGCGUGUCGAGCGUCUGGCGUGCGGGCGCUUGCGAGCGGCGCGCAUUAGUCCAGUGGACCGUGCUCUGCGGUUGUGGCGUCCUGGCCGGCUCCGCCUUCGCCGACCGCCUCUACUACCGCGCCUGGACCUUCCCCCCGUUGCGCUUCGUCUACUUCAACAUCACAAAGGCCCUGGCCGUCUUCUACGGCCGCAACAGGCCCGACUACUACCUGACCGAGGGCCUGCCGCUGCUGCUGACCACCGCCCUGCCUUUUACUAUCGUCGGCGCAUGGCAGGCCUUCACCACCACCCAGAAAAACAACAUCAUCCUCCCCACCCUAGCCGCCACCUGCGCCGUCAUGGUUGCCGUCCUCUCCCUCAUCUCCCACAAAGAAGUCCGCUUCAUCUACCCCCUCCUCCCCGCCCUGCACGCCCUCGCCGCCAAACCGCUCCUUACCUUCUUCCAGCCGCUAACAGCGCGCAAGAAGGCCCUACUAGGCGGGCUCCUCGUCUUCAACCUCGUCCUCGCAGCCUACGUCUCGCAGGUGCACCAGCGCGGCGUCAUCGACGUCAUGCACGCGCUGCGCACCAGGCACGAAGCGCGCAUGGCCGCCGCCGCUGGGGGAUCCGAGGCCGUGCCCGUCACCACGUCCGUCGCCUUCCUCAUGCCCUGCCACAGCACGCCGUGGCGCUCGCACCUCGUGUGGCCGGGCCUGCGCGCCUGGGCGCUGACGUGCGAGCCACCCAUCGACGUGCCGCUGGAGCAGCGCGCCGCGUACGUCGACGAGGCAGACGUCUUCUACGCGGGGCCGGAGGCGUGGCUCGCAGCGCACAUGGGCGAUGUGCCGAGACUUGGGGGGGACGGGGUCGACGGCGACGGUAAGAGGGCGCAGGAGCGAGGUGCUGAGGCGGAGCGCAGGCCUUGGCCCCAGUGCCUCGUCUUCUUUGCGCAGCUCGAGGACACCAUGGCCGCGUUUCUGGCGGGGUCGCCGUAUGCGCUGCGCUGGCGCGGCUUUAAUUCGCAUUGGCAUGAUGACUGGCGGAGGCAGGGCGACGUGGUCAUGUGGUGCAUGGACGGCGACGGCGACGGCGACGGCAUUGACGAAAGCGGUGCUGCUAAGACUCUUUAG